UUUUGUUUUCGCGCUCGUAUGUAAAGCCUCUGAUAAAUGGCGAACGGAAGGGCAAACUGUAAACAAAUACAAAAUAAUUGGAUAUUUUUAGGCGAAUUGUGACUUUUAAGGGAAAAGUAACUCAAUAGUACGAAUAGGGUGUCUAAAUGUAAACGGGAAUAUUCGAUAUGCGACAGUGAGCGAGAGUUUUAACUAGCCUCAUUGAGCGUUAGGAGGCUACCUGGGCCUGCUGACAUUUGCGCAGACUUUGAAUUCGGCAGAGUGCUGUGAUGCGAACGCGGGCUCUGGGAAGAGACUCGCACAGUUAACACUUAUUUAAAAUCCGUUUUAAAACCAUAUACGUCUGACAAAGUUACCACCAGUCAUUAUCAUGAGUACAAUCUCGGACAGCAGUCAGCCGUCCGAAACUAACCAGACGAAAAGAAGUGCAAGUCCAAGUGGAGAGUCUGAGUCCACGCUGCCCAAGCAGGCGAAAGUGAGUGAUGAGGAACCAAGGAAUGACUCUCGUGAAGAUGUAGGACCUGAGAAAGUUGGCAACGGUGAGCCAAAACAUGGAUCUGCCGCGCAGGAGAGCACGGGACAGGCAGUUGGAGGAGAGCGCACAGGACGGGCCGGUGGAGGAGAGCGCACAGGACGGGCCGGUGGAGGAGAGAACACAGGACGGGCCGGUGGAGGAGAGAGCGCGCGCCAGGAGUCAGAUUCCGCGGCCAUCGCCGCAGCAGAAGCGCUCGCCAGUCUGACCGGUGGAGAACGGGGCGAAGACUGUAAAGAAUUGCCCUGUUCGUCCAAAAAAGCGAAUCGAGAAAAAUCUAGGGAUAAGUCUAAUCGUCCCAGUUCCUCUCAGAGCGAGAGAAGGACGGAGGCAGCCGCAGCUGACAGCUCCUCGUCCCUGCUGCUCUGCGAGGACAGAGAAGAUCCAGAGCAGGCGUCGUUUGUGGAUGAUGAUGAGGAGGAGGAGGAGGAUGACGACUCCCUUCCUGGCUCUUCCUCCACGGCUAGCUCGUCUGUCGCCUCUGAUAACGAGGACGGGGAGUGUGCCAUAGUGUCGGUGAAGAUGGCCCCGGAGGUGCGGCAGUCCGUGGCGCUGCUCGCUCAGGUGCAGAUGCGACUGGACGCGCUGGAGAAGAAAGGCGCGCGUCUGCAUCAACGCCUGGAGUUGAAACUGAGCCGCCAGCGACGCCCUCACCUGGACCAGCGCAACGCCAUCACUCAAUCCAUCCCAGGCUUCUGGGUCACUGCGCUUCUGAAUCACCCACAUCUAUCAGCGCAAAUCGAUGAGACUGAUGAAGAUGCUCUAAGCUACAUGACUAAUUUAGAGAUUGAGUCUUUCAAGAACAACAAACUUGGAUAUCGCAUCUGCUUCCAUUUCCGGCGAAAUCCCUUUUUUCAAAACAAAAUGAUAGUGAAAGAAAUUCAUCUUGGUAUGGGAGGGUCUCCGGUGUCAUUCUCAAACCCAAUUUUGUGGCACAGAGGGCAGAAUCUGGUUGGUAGUGGAGAACCACGUCGAACAUCACAGGGAGUCUACCAGAGCUUCUUCCAUUGGUUCAGUGACCACAGCAACCCAGCAAGGGAUGACAUCGCACAGAUCCUGAAGGAUGACCUGUACAGAAAUCCUUUGAGGUACUACCUGACUCCACUCUGGGAGCCACGAGAGAAUGGCAGCAGUGCUCCCAAGCGUCAGAGCAGCAAUAAUGGAGACGAGUGUGUGAUCAUCUCAGACUCGGAUGAAGAUGAGGAGCAGAGGAGCCAAAACUUGGGGCAGGAGGAUGAAGAUGAUGACCAAGAUGGAGGCUCAGAAGAGAAUGACCGAGAUGAGGGGGAAUCCUCCUACGAGGAGGAAGAGGAAGUGGAUGUUGAGGAAGUAGAAGAGUCACGUGACUCUGAAAGCUGUGAAGUCAGAGAGCAAAGACGUGAAGAGGAAGAUAUUGAUAUAGAUGAAGAGAAGAGUUAGGACUUGGGGCUGUCGCCGUUUCUUUUUAUGCAGAAUAAUGUCUUUAGAUUUUUCUAUGAUCAUUUUGAUGAUAUUGUUUUCUGCAUAAAUUAAUAGUCUGUUUCAAAUAAGUUGUUAAUGAUUAGGAUUUAACCAUGUAUUCAUUGUAGGCUUUCUAUACAUCAGAAAUUAUGAAUAUUCAAAUUUAGUGUGUGCACUCCUCCAAAAACAUCUGCUUUCCUUAAGGUGUCAUCACAUUUUACACUUAUAACUUUGCAUUAACAGAUUUCAGAGGGCUACUGAUUCCCGUAAAACACUUCUUUUAUCUCACAAUGGACUGUUUAAAGCUUGGGAUUAUAGACUGCACUCAGUUCAGUUUAGUUUAGUUUUUUUUUGUCCCGUUUAGAGGGCUUUAUGUAUGACAGUAUACAGUAUCAUUGUCCAUCACUCACAAUUAUGACCAUUUCUAAACACACCAUACUUUCCUGUUUGAUAUGUUUUACGGGCUUAAUCAUAUUUUUCAGUCAUUGCUGUAAUAUUUUUGGGUGAUUGUUGUUUGUGUUACUUUUUCAUCCUCCUCGAUUGGUUUUCUUGCCUUGUUAUUGUUCAUUAACUCUACCACCACAGUUUGGUUGUAAGGAAAAAGGUCAAACAUUCUGAAAUGCACCUCAUUCUGAACCAAAACUAGGUAACUCAGGGAUGUUUACUCUUUUAUCCUCCUUAUAUUGUAGAUGGGUUUCCCUCCAUCAGCUUCAUUUAUUCAGUUCUGUGUCGUAAGUACAUAACAUCUUUUGUUUAGUGAUGAACAUUGAAAAAAAUGUAGUUUUUUCGCUUUAUUUACAGAAGUAGAUCAAAUCCUGACACUUGGUACCUCUUGCUAUGAUGAUCAGGUGAUUCUUAAAACUACCUUUGUCAUGUCUAAGAAUGAAGUUGGAUAUACACACUGUCAGCACAUACACAUAACCAUUUAUUCACGGCAAUGAAUAACAAUUGUAAUGUUAUGUAAAUGAGCAAAAUAGUGGCAAGACCAUAGUGUUUUUUUUUUCCUUUCCUUUUGACAGCAUGAUUUGUGCACUCAAUACUCAGACUUUUGUGUCCAGUUAAAUGCUUAGAUAAUAUUGUAAAAAUAGUGAAUAUGUACACAUUUGUUCAUGACGUCUUUCAUAUAUCACUUCACUUUUUCAUUUAUUUCUAAUAGUGCUUCUUUCCCUCCUUUGCAAUAAUGUAUUUUCUUAAACUUUUUAGUCAGUUAUUAGAGUGAAACCAUUCUAAAUGUUAUCAUUGUAAUCUGUUAUAAGGCAAUUGUGUUAAAACAUUUUGAGUUCAUUGAUUUUGAGUUUUGACCUGUAAGAGUUUGGUUUAAAAAGCGAAAAGCUGUAUACUGGAUUGAAGGCCAGUGGUUUGUACAUAAUCCUUUCCCUUAAAAAAAGGGGUUAUGAUUUGUUAUUGAAUCAUUAGGAUAGAUUUGACCUACAGUAUCUCUGAAAAGCUAUAUUUUGUGUGCUACAUUUUAUAGAGAACUACAAUUUUUAAAUGUGUUUUUUUGUUUGUUUUUGUUUUCCAUGUCAAAUAAAGGUUUUUGUCUUUUCAUUCAGAA